CGGGCUUCAAUUAAUUAAUUAUUUUCAGGAUUAUAUUCAACUAACAAUGACCAUCUGUUGCAGAUCAUCUAACUACCAUAAGAAUGGCAAUUCAGACUAUCACUUGGAUGAGCGCCUUCCUCUGCCUCGCGCAGGUUUUCUCGAUGCCCAUGCCUUGCCAGCUACAAGGACAGCUGCUGCGAACAACCCACAACCUACUGAGAGACAUGGGCGGUCAUUUUCCUCUGGAGUGCCUGCAGGAGAAUGUCUUCAUGGCAUUCCCAGCCACCUCAUUUGCAACCUCCGGGGCGCCACAGUUGAGCAGCAGUGCUGCUAAGGCUAUUUAUGAGACAUUGAAGAACAUCGACACAUUGUUCGGAACUGACGAACUGCCGACAAUGUGGGACCAACAGAAGUUGGAGUAUUUUCAGAACAUUAUCUACCGUCAGAUUGAAGAGAGCGAGUGUAUGAGCAGUGUGGAUACAAGUGAUUAUCCCAUCAGGGCAGAGGGCCUGAAGACAUACUUUGGGAACAUUGCAGCAGUUUUAAAAGAAAAGAAUUUCAGUUACUGCGCCUGGGAAGUGGUUCGAAAAGAACUCCUGUACACCCUAGAAUUCAUUCUGAAACACAACUCUGACAGCCUUCUGUGGUCCAACAGAACAUGAAUUUGAACUUGCAGAUCUUUUUUUACUAAUGUGUUUUACAAUUGUGCUUGAUUUUUAAAGCCUUCUAUUCUACAAUCAUGCAAUGUGCAAUGUCAAACAGCAAUAUCAUACAUGUAUUUAUUUAUGUAUUUAUUUAUCAAGGUUAUUUAUUGAUGUAGGCCUAUUUAUGAAUCUAUUUAUCUAUUUGAAAAUCGUGCCUUUUGUUGCUCUUCAUCAAAUGUUAAGUUAAUAAAAUAAAAAAUACUUUUAAAUAUUGGUAAUCUCAGUGC